AUGAAACGGGAUUCUAAAGUCUCAUUCAUAGAUACCAACGCCGACGACUUUGGGCGGCACUCGGCUUGGGAUGAUGGAUCACGGCCGUCCAAAAGGGCUAGAGCGAGCAAACCUAAAGUCAAGUCAGGCUGCAUUACUUGCAAGGCUCGUCGUGUUAAAUGUGACGAAACGAAACCACAAUGUCUUCGAUGUCAAAAAUUCGGGCGAACAUGCGAUGGAUACGCUCACGAGAUUCGAUCACGAGGAAACAUGAUGCCAAUCCAACCUAGAAUUCCAACGGCGGAUAUUUAUACUCCAAGUGUUUCUCUUGCAGCAACAGAGCAGGAAGGCCGGUACUUCCAAUAUUUUUGUGAUCGAACAGCGUAUCAAUUGCCUGGUUUCUUCGAUCCCACCUUUUGGAAUCACAUUAUUCUUCGGGAGAGUCACAAUGUCACUCCAAUUCGGCAUGCAGUAAUCGCUAUUGCAGCUCUUAACAAAGCCAUUGAAGAAGCACCUGGACCACAUUUGAAAGUUAACGUCAUUCAAGAUAUAAACAAAAAACAUCUUGAAUUUGCCGUCAUACAACAUCUCAAGGCCAUUCAAGCUUUGAACCAGUACAUAUCUAGCUCUAAUGGUCCUCAGUUGAGAACAGCGCUUAUGGCGUGUUUACUUUUUGUUUGCUUUGAAACCAUUCAAGGAUGCUAUGCUUCGUCGGUGCAGCAGACUUACGGAGGCCUGAAGCUAUUAAGGAGUUAUUAUGCUGGAAAGCCUGGAUCGAAACCGUGGAUUCCGCGGCGGAUCUCAGCAGGGUCCAAAUCUAACCCCCAGACUGAUAAGGUUAUAGCCAAAGUUCACAGUCGGCCAGGUAUGGAUAGUUCCUCCAAAUCAGCAACUAUCUCAUCACAUAUCGAAGAGUAUCUGGAAACUGAAAAGCCGCCACUUCAAUCUGCACAUACCCCCACGAUAGAUAGAACACCUACACCACCACAAAGGGAUUACAGUCCACGACUCGAUGCCAUGACCAUUCCAUCACAUUACAGGUCAAGCUUAACAUCGGAACAGCAACGUUCUUUAUCAGGUACACCGGUUCAAGAUUAUCCGAGUGCGUACCAUACCCCUAGUGAAUAUGUAUCCCCAAGCGAACACCAAAAGCCCAAUAUUGCGAUGCCAAUUGCAAUCACUGGCAGAAGACCGUCAUCCAAUCAUUCUAUUUCCAGUAUCCGCACUCCAGAGUCACUUCAUACUCCCCCUUCCAUGGGUAAUACACCACCGCCUACUAUCUAUAGAUCUUCACAGUCCCCACCUGUGCUCACGAAUCCUCGAAAGCGACCUCUCCAAUCGAGAAGUCCUACUCCUCCCAUUUUAAACAACGACUAUACGCUGGAGGAGAAUAUCAUACAAGCGUUCGUCCGUCUGGAUGGACAAGGAUUAUUCUUCGGUAUGACACCGGGUAUUCCCCCCCUACUUUGGGACAUCCACUCUGCACAUCACAUUCCCAUUCCAAAAGUAUUCACAAGUUUUUCUGAGGCUCAGCACUGUUGGGACUUUUUAAUGGACAGAACACUUCAAUACUAUCGAAGAACGCUUUUCGACAGGAAAUUUGCUUCUGCGAAAAGUGAUACUCCCAGCGAAAUAGCACAGCAAUAUGCGGACUAUGUCACAGGGCUAGAUGACUUCGAGCAAGCCUUCCAACCUAUAUUACGAUUGUCUAUAUCCCCUGAAGGAAAGGUGCCUAACCAGGCUGCUAUUGUCCUUAUAACACAUCUCAAAGCCACAGCCAUAACACUAUCGGCUGUGACUUCUACCUCAGAAAUGGUUUAUGACUCUUUCCUGAAUGAAUUUCGAUACAUAGUUCGAGCUGCAGAAAAGCUCGUUACAGCAUGUGAGGCAAAUCCCUCGGCUAUCAAUUCAUCACGAUUUAGCCUCGAUAUCGGGAUUGUUCCGCCAUUGCAUGUAGUAGCGACCAAGUGUAGGGAACCAAACAUCAGAAGAAAAGCAAUCGAUCUGCUUUUCAGAAGUCCAAGACAGGAAGGAAUGUGGGAUGGUGUACUGAGCGCUAGGAUUGGCCGGUGGAUCAUGAGCUGCGAAGAAGAUGGAUUGGAUGUAUCUGGGAUACUCGAACAUCCCAACAAACAGCCAGACUACGGCAACCAGAGCUUCCAAAAUGGAGAAUCGGUACAAUUCUAUGAUGGCAUUCUAUCGCCAGGAUAUUGGAACAAUGGCGAAACUAUUAAGGAUGGAGACUUGAUCCAGGAAAACUUUGCACCCUAUUUAUCACACAGGCAGAGUCCAGUACCACGAAUUCCUCCGCCAUACACCCAAGCUCAUACACCACCCAUCAGAGAACACUUUCCAAUGCCUCGACAAGAAAGGGUCUGGAUGGUGCCAGAAGAUAAGCGCUUCCAAUUAGUAGUUGUGGAUUUCCAUAUGCCAGAUCGUUAUAUUAUGGUCAAGUGUAAGAGAUCCUUACAGAACAAAGAUGGUACAAGAGAGGAAAGAGAAUCUAUAAUUGCUUGGUGA